UGUACACGUAUAAACACCAAGCAAGCAAACUAACUUAUGUUGUGGCAUUUGAUUUUUUUUCUUUUUUUUCAAAAUUAAAAAAAUCUCCAUGUAAUUGAACAUAUGUUUGUUUUAUAUUUUAUAUAUAGGCGCCUGCUAGAAAAGAAAGUAACAGAGGUCGGAAACGCGGUAAGUCAAUGCUGGCAACCUCAACGCCAGAAAUGAAACGGAUGAGAGAAGCUCAAGAAAACCGGCUGCAGAAUAAGAAAGCAAAGCGACAAAUAAUUCAAGCAACUGAAUCGGAAACUAGUAGCGAAGGCUCAGACCAAGAAAGAGAUGGUGUUAAUUCAUUCGAAUCCGAUGAGGAAGUAUCAUCCUUAGAAUCUGUUAAUGAUGAGGAUACUGCCCUUACAUUAGGAGAGGUGAACAUUGGCCAAAUACGUCUCGGUAGCCAUGUUCUUGUUGAAUACACCCAGGCUAGGAGUCCAAGUGUCUACUUCAUUGGUGAGAUUCAGAGCCCACUAGAUGAGGAUGGUGACUUCGAAGUUGAGUUUUUCCGAAAGAGUCAAAAAUGCAGCAGGAAAUUUCUGAAGCCACAUGUUGCCGAUAUUGCUUCCGUUUCCCAUAAGCAAAUUAAAGCUAUUCUGCCAAAAGGUAUUCGUUCAGGUACCACCAAGCGCACACAAGAUGGUUUAAUGUUUCCAGUGGACUUUGGACAGCUCAAUUUACGCUAAAUAUGCUCCGACAAGUUCUCUGUUGAAAAAAAGCUUUUAUAACAGUUGUCAUUCGGAUUGAAGUCGCGGUAGCAGACUUUACAAAUGACUCUCCAUUUACGUUAACCAUAUUUUCAUUGACGUUAACGAUGUUUUCAUUUCACGUUAACCAUUCCACUUGGAACCGAACUGAAUUGUUGAACUCCGAUCUUACGAGUUAUGAAACUUGUUUUAAUUAAUAAAGAUACCAUGAGAAAUGGUCAUAAAAGCUGUUGUCUUGCAAACUUAUACAUUUGUCCCACUUCACCCCCUUAGUGUCCCACUUCACGCCCUUAGUGACCCACUUAACCCGGGGGUGUCCCACUUAACCCCAAUUUGCCACAAUUUUUGAUUGACCUCAAGAUUGGUGAAACUAUGCCGAAGCGGUUUGCUUCGUAUUCUCUCUUAGGGGCAACUCGUCGGUCUUCGUGCACGAUGCACUGCUGAUGCACAAUACCUAUUAGUAUAAUAUCUGGGACAGCUCGAGUCCAAGGCAAUCGAAAGGGUCCCACUUUGCCCCGGUCUCCCCUAUACGCCAUAUGCAGGACCCCUUGGUAUAUUGCGAUCCAAAUAAGGAUAAUUUACGAUAUCAAAAUAUGGGCAAAAUUCGGCAAUAUGGGGGUUAUUUAACGCCAGAUCAUCAAUAUACCGCUUGGUGAAUGAAAAGGAUCGAACUUUACAGAUAUUACUUUCAAGUACUUUCUGCAUCUAGUCGUAUUCAUAUGAAAACACGUAUAGGUCUGCCAAAAGAGGCGCACAAUUGGUACCGAUAGGAAUACCUAUGCACCGUUGGUAAAUGUUAUACCCCGAAUACCUGUGGCGCGCUGUUUUUGUCCGAGAGUGGGCGUGUGUGGCACAUGUCUAGCAGAAAAGUCGCCGGGUAUAUGGGUGGAUUUUUCAAUACGGGCACAUAUAUGGAAAAAACAUGUCCAGGCCUGAUAUUUUCUGCUACAUUAUUAUAUAGGAAAUCUUUAUCUGCAGAAAUAAUAUUGGUAGAUAGCUUAAUAAAGCAUAAAAAUCCCAGUUCUGUGGGCUCUCUAUUUUUUUGUAAUUCAGGUUUGAAUGAUGGAACUGGGCCCUUUUCACUGUGUCACAACUCUGGGUCGCCCCAUUGUAAGGUUUCUUUUGCAUGCUAAAUUCAAUGCUAACAAGGAAUUGAAACAUUUUUAUUAUUCAAUAUCACAGUGGAAUUGAUAUUCAAAAGCUUAAAUAUCUCUCCAUGCCCCAAAUUGUGAAAAAAAAAUUAAUUUUGUUGCUGUCACAAAAAACUGGCUCCACUCCGUUACCACACUGAUCAGUGUCUCCAUCUAUGAACUGAAAGGGGAGGCAACAAGUUAGCCCCUGCUAAAAUGUAUCUUGUGUAACCCCCAUAGAUAAAACAAUGGAGCAUGUGGAGAAAGUCCACACUCAAGUCCAGAUUUUGCUGAAAUAGUUGAGAAAUCAGCCAUGCCUCCCAAGAAGAAACAAAUGACAUCAGCAGAAAAGCAGAGGGCUUAUAGGAAUCGUAUAAAUGCAGACCCAGAAAAGAGGGAAGCAGCCAAGGAGAAGGAGAGAUUAAGGUGGAAAGCUAGAAGGGAAAAGAAGAAAGUAAAAUACGUAGCAGAUAUGACCAAACGGGAGGUUAGAGCCACGCGGAGAAAAUGGAGGAUAGCCUAUCAUAAACGCAGGGCUGAAAAAGAUCAUUUGGCUUGGUUGGAAAAACAAGAAGCAGCAGUGUUGACUGGAACUCCACCGACAAGUCCACCUCAUAAUCUGCCACAGCAAGAGCCACAGCGACAGCCUGAACCCCAACCAGGUACCUCCGCGAAUCCCACUUCGUCACAGAAAAAGAGAGGUCGGAAGAAUGUUCGUAGGGACCGCACGGCCUGUUAUAGGAUUAAUAGAAAGUUAACAGAAAAGCUUGAGAAUGAAAAGCGGAAAACCCAGAAAUUACGCAAACAGCUCUCUCGGACAAAACUGAAAAUCAAAGUCCCAUUUGGACAGAACUGCAAGGAAGGCGAUGUAUGUGCUACCCAUUAUGCUUCACCACGAAAGAGGGCUCGACAAACGAUAAAUGCUGGACAGGGCUUUAUAAGAAAGGAACUGAUUUUCCAUUAUGCUCUCACUCAACAAAUAAAACAGGGCAAAGACACCUGUGAAAAAAAUCCGAAGCGGGCACAACUCUUCGCAAAGCUUUUUGGUUUUGGAAACAUCUUGUCAAAAUAUCGAUUGCUGACCAAAGCACAGAACACUGGUCUCUUGUCCAAAAAGCUGCUGAAGACAAAUGCUAAGCAAAGAAAUGAAAAUCUGCUAGUUUAUGAGAGAGCUAAGAAACGCAACUGUGUCACAGAUGCUGUAAAACAAAAGAUUCAAAAGUUCUUUGAAAGGGAUGAUGUCAGUUGGUGUGCUGCUGGUAAAAAGCAAGUCAUCACACGCAACAAAGUUAAGAAGCAGAAGCGUUUCCUUUUGGAAUCGUUGAGAAGCACUUAUAGAAAGUAUGUGCAUCUACAUCCCGUGAGACCAGUGUCUUUCAGCCAAUUCUGGAAACUGAAGCCGUUCUGGGUAGUGAAACCUAAACUCGCUGACAGGGAAACAUGCCUCUGUAAAGUACAUGAGAAUGUCCACCUCUUGCAUAACAAGCUAAAAAACUUGGGGUAUUUAGCCGAAGGGUCCGCUGACGAGACAAUAAACCAGAUUGUCUGCAGCAGAGAUAACAAGGGAGGUAUGUACAGGGACUGUGCAAAGUGCAAGCAUGCUGAGGUUGUUUUCACUCAGACUGAAAGUACAGGCCAGGAUGAAAGCCAGACCUGGUGGUGGCAGUGGAAAUCAGCAGACCACACAUACAAGGACAAAGAGGGAGAGCUAAAAACAACAAAGAAGACAAUCAAGGAGAAAGUUGAAGGAACUGUCGCUGAGAUGAAAGAAGAAUACAAUAAGCAGAUUCAGAAGUUCAGUACCCAUGUUUACAACAUCUUGCACCAAUUUGAGGUGUGCAGAGUGAAGAAAAGUCAGUUAGGAGGGGACGAGGUCCUACUUCACAUAGAUUUUGCUGAAAAUUGGACGAUGAAAAGCCUGCGUCAGAUCCAGUCGGCCCAUUAUGGUGCAUCCAAUUCGCAAAUAACACUACACACAGGUGUAGCCUACAUAGGUGGUGAGGCAACAACAACCACACUCCCAUUCUGUAGCUUGAGUGACAACAAUAGCCAUACACCAGCAAUGGUCUGGUGCCAUUUGAUACCGAUUCUGCGAUUCCUGAGGGAGAACCAUCCGACAGUAACUAAACUGCACUUCAUGAGCGAUGGCCCUGUAACCCAAUACAGGGGUAGACACAAUCUCCACCUGCUGUGCAACAUACCCUUCCAAAUGGGUUUCAAAGAAAUUUGGUGGAACUUUAGCGAAGCAGGACACGGGAAAGGAGCCUGUGAUGGAGUGGGAGCAACCAUCAAACGCCUGGCAGAUGAGGUGACCAUGACUGGCACAGACAUUCAUGAUGCAGAGAGCUUGGUAAAACAUCUGGAAGAUAAGACAAGCAUCAAAUUAUGUCUGAUUCCUGAAGAUGUGCAGAUACAUGUGUCAACAGCGGUACCAGCAGUCAGGGGAGUGAUGAAAGUACACCAGAUCUAUUCACAGAGGCCUGGUAUCAUCCUUACAAGAGACGUAAGCUGCUACUGUGGACCACAGUGUGAUUGCUACUCUCCAGUGGAACAUGAUGUACUGCAGUCUAACUAUGAUCAACAUAUCCCCAAACUAGGAUGUGAGGUUGGCCAAAUCUUAAAGCAACCCAGCAUCCAGCAAGCAGAGGCCCUGGUGAUCCAUCCUGAUGAUGAUACCCAAGACACCAACAGUAACAAGUCUGAUCCAAAGCAUGACAACUCUUGGCCUAAGAUUGGAUGUUACGCUGUUGUAAUGUGUGGAGAAAAAUAUUACCCCGGGACGGUGAUAUCGGUAGAAGGUGAUUGCUUUGAAAUGAAGUAUUUGAAACGAACAACAACAGGUAAGCUUGUUUGAUUCUAAACACAUGAAAUAACAAUUUGUAACAUGAUUUCAAGUCUCUUAGAAAUUUUAAAAGUCUGUACUCUUAUCAAUUUAGCAUCAUAUUUUAUUCUUUUAAUCAACAGGAUCCUAUCAUGACUGGAUGAGCGGGUUUUCGUCAUCUUCAUGGCAGCCACGAGAAGACCUUCUUGAGCCACUCCACGUGCCCGACAUGGACAGAAGAGGUCAUGUUAUAUUCACGAAGAAUGACUUAGAGACAAUAAAAAAGUACACAAAGUGAAUAGUCGGCAGCUGUGAAUCGUGAAUCUUGUUUGCUACAUUAAGAUUCAGUAAAUGGAACUCGAAAUUGAGCUGAUUUUAUGUCAUUGCAAUUGAAUUGUCAACUCCAGAGAAAGGCAGUUCUUUUGACCAGGUGUCAUUCUGUUGAUUUUUUUUAAAUUUUAAUUUUGAUAGUGUUAAUGUUAUAAAAUGUUCAUUACAGGUAUUCACAUUUUAUGUUUACUUAUUGCAGGUAAGCCAGACUUCAAAUACCUGUAUGUUAGUUGAACUGUUUCUGAGUUUAAGUUGUUCAUUGAAUGUAUUGACUCAUUGACUUCUUUGUUCACUGUAUUAAAAGUUAAUAAAAAAUCAGAACUCUAAAAUUAUACUUGUGUCAUGAUUAACAUUGGUACACUCUACUCCGUUACAAAAUGUUCCACUCCGUUACCAAAUGUUCCACUCCGUUACCAGUUCUUCAAUAAAAUUUAUUAUUGUCCUUCUAGUAAACUUUAAAUUCCAUUUGCUAGCUGUCAUCCAAUCUUAAUACAGGCGAAAUUAUCAUAAACUUCAAAAGCACAAAAUAUUGGCACUGUUAAGUGUGGCAACAUCACAAAAUUAGGUAAUGUAAUGAAAAGGUAACGGAGUGGAGAGGCUUAAAUAUUUCAAACCCCCAUAAAAAAAUUUGUGGAGGACAUUCAGCUCUGCUGCUAUGCUGGCUAUAUAGAACAUGACCCCUAUGACCAGCAUGGAAGGUUAGGUGAGUUUUCUACAACCUCUUUGGUCUGUGACUUUCAACACUCAAUAUGUGCCCGUAUUGAAAAAUCCACCCAUAUCGCCCAGCCUCAUAUCUCCCACUAUGUUUGUUUCAAGUGGGCGUAGUUAUCUAGCUAGUUGUUUACGAUCAGUCUCACUAGAAAUGACCUGGAAGGAACCUGUAGUCAACACUGAUCAAUAAAACACUUCGCCCACAAUUAUA